UGGUAGCCACAUCAAUGUAAUUGGCUUUGCAAUUGCAAACACUCAUGUCAUGUCAUCUUGUAAUUGAGAAUGCAAUACUAAUGUGGAUGCUCUUAUAUGUCAGACAUGAAUUUUAGAAUGUACGGCAGUUUUUUUUAUUCGGGAUUUGGGAUUUUCAUCGUAGAUCUGAAGAAUUUGAUGCGCUGGAUGGAACGCCAUCGGUCUAUUCCUUUCGAUGCAAGUUAUUAUUAUGAGGAGAUGUUCGAAGAAGAGGAAGCGGAAUCGCAAUGGGAUAGGGUUCCGGUUCUUGAAUCAGAGCUGGAGCCAUUUCUUAAAGAUUCGAUUCUCGAGUUUGGUAAGUACAACAAAGUUGAAGCGGAGUUGCUUCCUUCGAUCCAGAAAUUGCUGAUGAAGAUGAUGUUGUCAGGGGAGUACGACGACUUGGUGCUGGUGAAGAAUAAGGAGACCGGGAUCAUUGUAAUGACAAAGAGAUGGAAGUUCUUUCGAAAAUAUGCCUACUUUCUUCCUGAUGAACUUACGGAAAACUUGGUGAGGAUGGACAAGGAGUUGCACAAAAUGGUUGAAUAUAAGGAUCUUCGCAACGAAGUUGAGAUCCUUCGACUGCUUACUGAUCAUUGGAAGAAAGCACUGAGGAAUUAUUCAAAGCGAUUGGAAGCUGAUGAAGAGGAGCCCAAACCAGAAUUUGAUGUUGUCCCACCUUCUGCUAAACAGUACUUGUCCGACGAUGCUUCAUAUGUCCUACCUUCAGCUAGACCUUAUAUGUCCGACGACGCUUUGUAUGCGUUGUUGCAGCUCGAGCUUUGCUAUGAAAUUCCGGAAUAUGAAGCUUGGCAUUCGGAGUUCAUGGAAUUGAUGGACAAGUACUUGAAGGGCCGCAUAUCGAGGGAUGUGCUUCCUGACUUGAUCACAGAAUCCAUUCUCAAGUUCAAUUUGGAAGAGAUCAAUAACAAGUGGAAGCAUCUUUAGGGUGAUAUCUAUGCAGAGAAAGAAGUGAGAGUGCUCAUGAGAGGUAAAAAAAAAACACUAAAAUUGACAGCUUAGUUUUAUUCUUUUUUUUCAUUUAAUUAAAUUUGGGUUUAGGUUGGCUUUCGGAGGUGGAAAGAUUGAAUAAGAAGUAUUGGGAAGGCACAGAGGACGUGCUUCUGGCUUUCCGUAAAAAACUUGUGGAAAUGAGAUUGUCUGGGAAACCUGAUGACAUCGUGGCUUGCCCAUCGUUACGUUGGCGCCGACCUUAUGAUUGGAUGUUAAUGGGAUCCAGAGCCAAUUACUUCGACGGCUAUGCAGCAAUUCUUCCUCGUAGGUGUCUCGUUCCCGACCCUUUAAUUUCCAUUGCAGUAAAUGCUUAUGCUAUUAUGCUUCUUAAUUAUUGAAUUUACGUUCUUUUCUAGUUUGAACUAAUACAAACGAAAUUAGUUAUGCUUUUUGAAAAAGAAUUAGAUUUUUUAAGGGCGAUAUAGUUUUUUUAAGAUAGUUUUUGGUAGAAGCGCUAAUUUAUGUUACUAAAAGCAAAGUUCUAGAAGGCGCUAUGCGUUAAGGCUGGCGUUAAGACCUUGUCUAGAACCUAGCUCUCUUAGGCAUUGGAAGAAAUAUAGCUAUUUGCUAUGCAUGAUAUAUGUAAUGAUAAUUUACAACACUUCCUCACUUCAGUUAAAAUGAUUAAUAAUUUACUGAAAACUUA